GCAGCCGUGCUGUUAGAACGCUCUGCCGGUCUGUACCUGUAUGCACACUUGCUGGCGGUAAACACACGGUCCGGUUUGAGGAGUCAGUUGUCGUUUGACUCCUGCUGUGGCUUCAUGCAAGGCCCACCUGGUAGUGAGGGAGUGCGUUUGUUCCGACCGAGCCGUUAGCGUAGCUUCGAUGCAGUGCUGAAAGCUAGCGGGAUCUAGCAUCUAUAGCAUGUUGCUGCAACCGAUGCUGAGCCGCACCGAAGGACAGAUCACGGUAGCGAGCGCAUAGCCGGCUGUAAAACGCGAUUGUGACACGCGAUCAAAGCCUGAUCGAGAACGCUCAACGGUGCCCCCAAAAGCAGUGCUGAAUUGGUCGAUCGCUAGUGAACGGUGCGUGAGUGUGGAACCGAAAAUGAGGAACGCUAUCAGUCAACCAAGCAAGGCUUCGCUCUCGCUCGUGCUAAUGAUAUGAGCGUGAUCUUGCUGACAAGUCCUUUCUAAAACCCAACAGAAAAAGGUGAUUUCGUAGUGAAUACCGCGCAAUGUGCUGGUAAAAAUAUCCCCACCAAGACAUAUCCGAAACUCGAACGAUAACAGCAAUCAAACAUACCAAGAAAGAGGUGAUGUGGUGGUGAUCUUUCCACGCCGCUUGUCCUAGCAUCACAGCAGCGAUGCAUGGUUCCCCCUUGCCGCAAAGUGCUUACUGCCUAAGCACGGCCCAGUGUAAAGUGUGACUGCCCGCGACGCGCACCGAUCAAACAGCACCAGCACCCCGCAGCUCAACGAUCAACACAAUACCGAGGCCCCCGGCUGGAGAACCUGCUUCUGGGCGCUCACGCAUGUGCCGACCCGAACCGGCCCGUUUUGGUGCAGUUGCAAUAGAAGCGAAUGCCACUCGGACGCACGGUGUGUGCCAGUGUGCCAGUGUUGUAGUGUAGUGCUGCUCCUUGCUGGGCACGAGAACAUUCGCACGUAUUCGUGUGUCGGCCGCACUUUACGUGGUCGCCCUAGCACUGGGAAGCUUCUGGCGGCAUCGCAUCGCAUCCCGGCCAAACAAGUCCAGCAUUAUGGGACUGCUGAUUAACGUGAAAGCGCUCACCUUGCUGCUGCUGCUCCAGAUACCGGCAAUAUCUGCGGUCAGCUGGGAGGAAUGGUGGACGUACGAUGGCAUCUCGGGUCCUGCCUUUUGGGGAUUAAUCAACCCAGAAUGGUCCCUGUGCAACAAAGGACGCCGACAGUCACCCGUCAACUUGGAGCCGCAGCGGCUACUGUUCGAUCCAAAUCUUCGUAUUCUGCACAUAGACAAACAUCGGAUCAGCGGAACGAUCACCAACACAGGCCACAGCGUGAUCUUUACCGCGGACAACGAGACGUCUUCUGCGUACGGUACGCCCCAGAUACCGGUCAACCUGACCGGCGGUCCACUCUCCUACCGGUAUCGAUUUCACGAGAUACACGUACACUACGGACUGCACGAUCAGUUCGGCUCGGAGCACAGCGUCGAAGGCUACACGUUCCCGGCGGAGAUACAAAUCUUUGGCUACAACUCGCAGCUGUACGCCAACUUUAGCGACGCACUGUACCGUGCGCAGGGCAUCGUGGGCGUCGCCAUCCUGCUGCAGCUGGGCGAUCUGUCCAACCCGGAGCUGCGCAUGCUGACCGACCAGCUCGAGCGGAUCCGAUACGGUGGGGACGAGGCGCCGGUGCGCCGGAUUUCCGUCCGCGACCUCCUGCCCGACACCGAGCACUACAUGACGUACGAGGGUUCGACGACGGCACCGGCCUGCUACGAAACCGUCACCUGGAUCGUGAUGAACAAACCGAUCUACAUCACGAAGCAGCAGCUUCACGCACUGCGAAGGUUAAUGCAGGGUGGUCCCGACCAUCCGAAGGCACCGCUGGGCAACAACUUCCGGCCGCCCCAGCCACUGCUGCAUCGUCCCGUGCGGACGAACAUUGACUUUCGAAAUAAACUGGAAAAAGGGGGAAAAAUAUGUGCAACUAUGUACAAGGACGUUCACUAUAAAGCUAAUAGCUGGAAACACAACUGAACGGGGGCAGCGCAACGAGGACGAAACGGACGAGCACGAUGAUACUAGCUUGAUCGUGUUCGAACCCUGAAACCUCCUGCCCGGGUUCGGCGUGGAUUGCAGCGGGGUUUGCGUGUCCAGGUGUGCUGCGAGUGGAUGCUGACUGUCCGCUGCCCGAACUGGUUGUCUGGACGGUGGACGACUGCCACGGCGAGGGUUCAACAGAUGAUGGCGUAUACGGAGCGGGCAAGACGAAACAGUGAGCCGUGCAUCAAACAACCACACACACACGCACACAUACACAAAACGGAAACAAAAUAUCGUUAGAUAUCACUAAUUAAGAGGCUUGUAGAUUGGUGGACUAUGUGCGAAGAAACAAUUGCAUGGAAUACGCAUAUCGACGGGGAAAGUGAGUGUGUAAGAAAGAGAUGUAGAAGGAGAGAGAGAGAGAAAGAUAGCGGCUGAGAGAAAGAAUUGAAGAGUGUGAAGACGGAAAUGUACUAAAGGUGUAACUGUAUACUGUAACCAUAUCUAGCAUUUGUUUAGUAUUUUGAUGAAAUAGUUUUACGCAUACGGAUGAUCCGUUUGCUCCGUGGCAAUAGUGGCUGAGUGUCUUGCCUUUAACAAGCCACGGGCAGCUACUAGCGAAAACGACGAGGAUUGACUGAAUUUCCCAACCCAAAACCCGCUCCAACACACAAUCUAACGUUCAUCUGAUAAUGGGGGUUCCACUUCAUUCACGCAGGAGGUAAUGUGCUUCGCCUGAUAUCUAAUUUCGACACGGUUCCACAACACAGAGUGCAACCAGUAGGGGCAGUUUGCAAGGGGUCUAGAGGUUCCCUGGAAUUUGUAGUCACCGCACUCCGAACUACGCGACCCCAUUCUUGCGUGAGUUCAUUUGGCUUGAUCGGCAUCGAGGGCAUAGCGAGCUCUCUCUCUAAUGGGCAAUUCAUCGCGAAAGUCAUCUCUACAUGUGGUCAUGGUUCCUGUGUGUCUGUGGUGGGAGAGGGAACAAGGAAGGUGGUAGCAUUGCAUUGUAAACACGUCUACAACCGCACGGAGCUACCAUCAUUACCGCCAGUGCCAAAAGACUUCCCUCUGUCUCUCAAUUUUCCUGACGCCACUUUAUUUGUUUGCAGGUGAUGCACCUCGUGCACAGUCACCCGUGUACACACGCUGGAUGCAACUGGUUACGGGUUUUGUGGCGGUUGAGGUUCUCUUUUUUUGCAUAAAACUAGCCCGCAAUUACCAGAAGUUUGUCACACACCGGGUACGAUUCGACGUAUGUGCGACGCUCUGUGUGCAGAUCAACCGUUCUGAAAACUUGUUUCAAAAUUUGAUAGAGCCCACGAAAGCAGUCCCACACACACACAGGCGGUUUCGGGAAAUGUAAGAUUCACUGGCACUGAUAAGAAACGGUAAUGGUGUUGGGUGUUGGAAGUACUCUCUCAGGUCCACUCCUCCCCAAAACGUUAGUAAAGAUGCCCAAACCCCCCCGAUUUCCCAUUUUCUUCUGCCUCGGACUGGACGCAUUGAUGCUAGAGUUUGGCUGGACGGAGGUCACCCACGCGACAGGCAGUUGGUGCCGGGAGUGGUGCCGGGAUAGCGUAACCAACGUGAGCACAAAACUACAUUUCCCGUCGGGAGGGG